AGCUGCUUUCAGUUUGCAUUGCACACUCAGCUUGAAUGCGAUAAGACGCACUGGAAAUAUGAAUGCGCCGGGGAAACUUAUUUCAUUCAUAGUGUGGACAAUUGUGAAUGGUAAUUGUGCAGUUAGUGCCGAAGCGAAUUGCGGCAGGCUGGAGGAGCGCUUGCUAUUCACAAAAAAUCCAUCGACGGAGCCCACCGAGUAUCCGUGGAUAGGGUUACUCGUUCAACGUGAAGGUAAGCUUUGGAGCAUUCGCUUUAAAAGAGCCUCAUUCUAUCUAUAUUCAGAUUUGAAUCAGAAAUUCGAGAGCGCCGAGUGCAAUGUUGCUAUCGUCGGCGAAUCUGAUGUCCUCACAACUGCAUCUUGUGUGCGGAGGCUCAAUAAUCGGCCAGAGCUGGUAGCCGUACGUCUGGGCAUUUGGGAUGAGAAGGACGAGCCCGGCCAGCAGUAUAUCUGCAAUGAUAGAGGAUUUUGUGUGCCCGGACCCGUGCAAUACCUAGUUGAUGCGAUUACGAUGCAUCCGCUGGCGGACAAGGACACCGGCACCAACGAUAUUGCAAUUUUACGGCUAUCGCAGCGCAUCAAUAUGACUGCGUACAUUCAACCGGUGUGCUUGCUGCCAACCUUGGAGCCCGCUUCGUGGACCUCUGUGGACUUCCAUUACGGUGGCUUUCACCAGUCUGAUAUCAAAAAGGGCAAAGGUAGUGCCAUUGCCAUCUCAAGGCAAUAUUGCAAAUAUGAAACGGGGACACCGCCACCAGAGAAUCAAUUUUGUGGGUAUCCGCCGUUUCGAGACGCCUUCUUCAAGGGCGCUGCCAUGAUGGGAAUUAACGUUGAGGACGAUGUGCCGCGCAGCUUUUACUUGGUCGGCCUACUGGUUAGGUAUGUGGACGUGGGAUCGUUUAUGAUCGUUUUCCAAGAUAUCAAACCUGUACGCCACUGGAUUAUAGACAAUAUAAAAUCAACAAGCUCAUAGUACAAUUAAAAUCAUGUUUA